AUGACCAACUCGAUCGCGUUUCAAGAGAAUUGGCGACCGGCAAAGCCAAUUCCUCGUUUUCUUGGCGCUGGCUCAGACACGACUGCUGUAGCGAUCAUGUACGUUUUCAUGGCUUCUGCAUGUUAUCCCGGCAAGGUGCAGCAAAAAGUGCAAGAGCAGCUGGAUAUCGUUGUUAGUUAUGACAGAGUUCCCACAUUCGACGGCUACAAAUCCCUUCCACAGAUCGAAACGUUCAUGUUCGAGUGUCUUCGCUGGAGUGUUUACCUCAACAACGACAAGUUCAAUCCUCAGAGAUGGCUCAACAGCAAAGGCAAAAUGCGGCACAACAUCAAGUUCCCAUAUAGCUUUGGAUGCAGACCUCAAACUGGCGCGCGUGUUGCUGCAUUGUCAUGUCGACUUUGCGCAACUUACAUAUGCGCCACCCAAGUCUUGAUUAACCCAAAGUACCGUCUACUGGUGGACGCGUUCUAUAAUAGCAGGCUUCGACUUGCAUGCACGCCGCUUUUGUUACUCGAAUGUCAUGUUCAAAAUGCCCCUGCAGAUUUCUUGUUCCACCAGUCUCAUGCAAGCAUUGGUUCUCUGACUUCCUUCUUGCUUCCCUUUCCCAUAACUUCUCAACGCAUGCAACACUCGAGCGCAGUGGCAAAAAUGGAACCGAAUCAAUUGGGUCAACUCUUUGAGGUGGUUGGCUCAGAGCUGCAGGCUUCAAAUUUUUCUGUUGAUGCUGAGCUCUGGCCUGCAUCUCAGAUGUUAUUGUGCAUGCACGACCUCACUCUUGAUAAAGAAGGAAUGACAGGGAACGACUUCUCCUACAUAUCAAGAUCCUCCUCCCAAAGCCACACUAACCGUCAGCGAGCCACUAGCUAUCUCCCAUUAGGGUUCGUUCUCCCAUCAGCAUUGAUGGAUGUCACCCGUGAUGUCAUCCUUCACAUCAUUGGUAAACCUAAAGGACACCAGGCAGCUGCGAAUCGCUACAUUGCCUCUGUCAUCUUGCCUGUCAUGCAUGGGAAGUCCACGCCUACCGCUGGAGUAGGGGUCCCAAGGGCAGGAGCUACGCACCGAAGGGCCUGUCGGCCCUUUCCACAGCUUAGCCGCUGGCCCUGCUCCACCGCCACGAAUACACCCGAGAUCAUCACCAUCCACAAAAUGGUCAAGCGCUUUCAGAUGCUCAUGAGACAUGGCGUUCCUGAUAGGGUGCUACCCAAUCCUGAAAUACGUCCCGGGAUACACAACCGAGUUGGAGGAAUGGAGAAGAGAUCCGUCAGAGAAUUGAUUGGUUCCUUCAACGUUGUUCUUAAACGCCACCUGACUUUCGGUUGUUUGCUCGGUACCUUUAGUCCUCACACAAGCUUUCGGACAGAAAUGUCCAAUCUCGCUGAAUCGCUCUUUGGCGCCGGUUUAGACGACUGCUUUUGGCGAUCAUGCGCAGGAGAAAGUGCAAGAGCAGUUGGUCGUGACAGAGCUCCCAUGUUCGAGGACUACAAUUCACUCCCGCAGAUAGAGGCGUUCAUGUUGGAGUGGCUUCACUGGAGGCCUGUGACAACUCUUGGAUUUGCUCACUGUAAGGCUUUGCUUGAUAUUGGAUCGAGUGGAACCUUGCUGAAAAACAGAAUCUGCUCCAGGCGUUACAUAGCGACUCGUUCAGUCUUCAUCUUCACCACGCUUCCCCUGUGGUUGUUUAAGAUUGCUCAGGACCAGAACCCGAUUGAUGAGUUUGGCUUCGUGGAUGGCGUAAUUGCGCAGCCCAAACGGUUCACUGCUCGCUUUCAGUCACGGUUUUGGGAUGAGGCAUCAUUGAGGGAGUGA